GAAGUAAACCAUUCGGUGGAAGCAGAACUACUGAAGAUGGAGAAUGUAACUCAAAAUAUGGCAACGCAAAACACUACAAUGAUGAUGCUUUCUAUAUUCAUAACAAAUGUUACAACCUGGAAUGAAAAUGGCAAUGUGACUUUACGUGUGACAGACACACCAAUAAAUAUAAGUUUAGAGAUUAAUAGGCCAAUAGGAUCUGAUCGUGUUUCAAGAGUAAAACAGCCACGAGUUUUAAGGAUAGAAGAACCACCAAAAUUUAUUUUGAAUCCUGAAUCAAAUGACAAUUCAACAACUAAUGUUACGAGGCAAAGACCAGAGACAAAUAUACCCAGAUAUAAAACAAUUGAAGCAACUGAAACUUCAAAUAAAAUCUGGAACUAUUGGUCACCAUUGAUCAUUGUAUUUGGUACAUUUGGAAAUGCUUUAAGCCUUUGUGUUCUUUGCAGAAGGAAGAUGAGAUCUAGGACAACAUCUGUGUACCUCAUAGCCUUAGCAUGCGUUGAUAUGGGGGCUUUAUGGAUGGGCCUUGUUCCAAACUGGCUGCGUUAUAUAAACACUGAUAUUCAGCCUUAUAGUACAUCAUCUGGGUGCAAAAUUCUAACAUUUCUUUUGUAUGUCUGUGUACAUUUAAGUCAGCUUGGAUUCUUGUUUUGGUAA